UUGUGAAUAAGUAUUUUAUUUUUUUACUCAGGUUAAAAUAAUUUUUUUGUACUCAGGUUACUGUAAAAAUUUUCUGUAUAAAAAGUAUUAAAGAUGAACUGGUUCUCUGGUGAAAUACAAGAAGCUAUAGAAAAAUCAAUUAAAGAAAAGAAGUUAUUUAUUGUGUUUGUAAAAGAUAAUGGAGAAAAUUCACAUCUAUUAAAUGCAAUGUGGAAUGAUGAACAGAUAUUAUCACUUUUUAAUGAUGGUCAAAGUAUAAACAUCAUGAUCUCAGUUGAUAGUGUUACAGGAAAACAGUUUGCAGCAAUAUAUUCAGUACCUUAUGUUCCAUCAACAUAUCUAAUAAAUAAUGAAGGAAUUCCUAUUGAUAUUAUCCCUGGUGUACUUCCAGUAAAUGAGUUUAAACAGCGGCUGUUGAAUGCACUAAAAACUCAGGAAUCAAAAAGAUUGGAAAGUGUAGUUUCGUCUGAAAAAAGAUUGGAAAGUGAAGUUCAGUCUGGAAAUAAUCUUAGAAAAAGUGAAGACAAAAUUGAAACAAGUCCAUUAGCAGCUGAUACUGAAGAAGCUCAAAAAAGCGUUCAGGAAAAACAAUUGGCAAAAGAAAUGACAAAUAAAGAAAAAGCUGAAGCUUUGCUUGAACGUAGCAGAAUCAUCAAACAACAAAAAGAAAAAGAGAAGUUAAAAGAGCAAGAAAAGAACCGAGUGCGUGAGGGUCAAGAACUUAGUUUGGCAAAGCGUGAAUUAGCUGAGCGUCAAGCUGCAUUACUAGCAGCUGAAAUAUCAAAACGUAAAGCUGAAGAAAAAGCUGCACGAGAAAAACUUAGAGAACAACUUCGGCUAGACAAAAUAGAAAAAAAUGCAAGAUUCGAAAUGGAAAAAAAAUCAAGGAAUGAAGCACUAACUGAAAAAAAACAAGCUGUAGCUUCUCCUGUAUUAAAAGCUGAAAGUAAUAGUACGCGGAUCCAAUUUCGACUACCAGAUGGUUCAUCGUUAUCCAAUCAAUUUCCUGCUGAUGCUAUGUUUUUAUCUCUUCAUGAUUUUAUAUGCAAGCAUAUGAGAGAGUCUAAUCUACGAUUAACUACAUUGUUUCCCAAAUACGAGUUUACAACAUCUGAUAUGGAAAAAUCACUUCGCGAAUUGUCUCUGGUGCCUAACGCGUCUAUAAUUGUUUCCCCAGGUAAACCCCAGGUGGUAUCUACGCCUCAAUCUUUGCCCAUCUCAAUUAUAAUAUUUAUUUUUUAUCCGUUAAUAUCACUGUAUUACUGGGUGUUAUCAUUCUUUUCAACAACGACUUCUCAACAACCAUCAAUUGUUUCUCAAAAUGACGAAGGUGAUAAACUGGAUACUUCACAUUAUAAUAGUAAUAAAAAUAUUCGAAAACGUAAUAACCAAUCCAAUAUUCGACAACUGCAGAGAGAUGAGAAUGACGAUGAUGAAAAUAAUACAUGGAACGGAAAUUCAACUCAGCAGAUGUAAAUUCAUGCACCAUCUUUUGGAUGUUAUCUUGUAUUUUCUUCCUUCUGAAAUAUAAAAUAAUUUUAAAACGAA